AUGGCGAUAUCCAUAUAUUGUUCGUACGGCUCGUCGUUUGCCAUCACAUCCGACGGACAUGUGUUCAGUUGGGGCGACAAUAGAGGCCAUGAAUUGGGACACAAUAUAACCGAUUAUAAAAUAUUUAAACCGCAAUUAAUAUCAAAUUUAAAUGAUCCAAUCAAAAUUCAUCGACCGUGGAUUCGGACUAAUGCAAUGUAUAGUGGUCAUUAUGAAUUGGAGGCUCAAGGAAAUUCAGAACACAUACCCAAGCAAAAAAAGGAGAUCACAAUAGUAUUGUUGGGACAGUUAGGUGUAGGAAAGUCCACAUUUAUUAACGCAUUUGUAAACUACAUGUCGUUUGAGAGUAUGGAUGCGGCCGAUGGACAGCCAAUAUGUUUAAUACCCGCAAACUUUACAAUUUGUUACCCACAGACUAGAAGACCAGUGAAUAUAACAUUCGGUGAACCGGAUAUCAAUGAAAAUUCAGAUGACCCGGCACAAUCUGCCACACAAUAUCCCAAAUGCUAUAAAUUUCAAAACGAUAACUUUGUGCUUAACAUAAUCGAUACCCCGGGUAUUGCUGAUACGGAUGGCGUGGAGCGAGAUAAUGAAAAUAUGCAAAAUAUAUUGGAUUUUAUUAGCAAUUAUCGGGAAAUCAACGCCUUUUGUGUUCUAUUAAAGCCAAACAAUGCGAGAGUUGAUUCAUUUCGAUAUCUCGUGGCUUCGGUUCCGCCAAAUAAUAUACAGUCUGUAGAGGAAUGUCAACGUUUUUUUGAUUACAUAAAACAAUUGCCGGCACACAAAGUGAUGGACACACUAUCGGUAAACGAAACCAAACAAAUCAUUCAAUUAUUAACCAAACCGUUGGCCGACAUCACGAAGAAUAUCGCGGAUAACAUUAAUCAGUGCCAAAGACAUAGCGUUGAGAUCAACGAGUUUUCGGGAACUAUUGAAGAACUUCGCAAUAAACUAUACAUACCAUCCGUUGAGAUAAUAACCAAACCAUUAGACCGACCGAUGACUGUAUGCGGUGACGGCCGGUGUUGUAAACGGCAAACAAUCAAUGAUAUAACCGAGAUCAAUUACAAUACCCAAUGCCAUACACCAUGCUACUUAGACUUUAACGAUGGUAACAUUGUUGGCAAUAAAGGUUUUCUUCGGUGUAAAGCGUUCAAUAGAUACAGCGGCACAGAUCGUGAUCAUGUCAAGUCUAAACAAUUAAUUUCCCGGUCGCUAUCCGAUACGAUUAGAUCUAAAAUUACGGAAUCGACUAAUUGUAAAGAGUGUGGCCAUAAUUAUCAAACGCACCUGUAUCUGACCUACGAGAUCGAGUCUAAAAUCACCAAGGUCACUGACAUUGGCAUUGUAUCGGCCCAAUCGGCCGCUGAGGGCAAAGUGCUGCAAAUCCAAAGUCUAGACCAACGAAUUGCUGAUUUGAACGCCGAAAACGAGACAAUCGUAAAAUCGAUGUCAAAGUUUACCUGUUUUCUGAAAAACAAUGCGUUAACGACUGUAAACGAUGCGUUUGGAGACUAUGUCCGACACCUGAUAGCCAAUGAAAACCACGGAAGUUUUUGCGCGGAUAGUCAGACCCAAACCUCACGUCUCGAGCAGUUGUUAGACGAUUAUAAAUACGAAAAACAGCUUAUUUCUAAUUAUAUGCAAAACUCGAAUGGUAGCAAUAAUAUUACUGCCCAAAUAAUCAACGAUUGUGUGGAAAAAUUGUGCAAGCUCAAAUAUAAAGGUCCCGAUAUUCGCAAUAUGCUGGAAAUUCAGCGUCGAUUAAAGUCUCAACAUCACCUGUCACAUAAUGAGAUUGAAUAUAGACCACCAACAAACAGUGGCGUUCAAAAGUUCCUCAAUGCUACCAAGCCUAGUUGA